AUGGAAUGGCGGAAUGGAAGCUCUCUCGCGCGUGUGUAUCCGCGUGUAUACACGUGUCCGAUAGCGCCGCGCCGCACGUGUGUGUGUGUGUGCACGCGGCGUGCCGUAUCGCGCACACCGCGCCGGCUGUAUGGGAUUAGGUGCCGGCGCAGUAGGCCAACGGCGCUCGACGCCUGUGCGUCUCUUUUUCUGCUCGCGCGUGUCCGACCUACGCUAAGUCGCCGCUCAUCGUUGGUGAUCGAUCCAAGUGAAAACCGAGGGAAAAAAAAAGGAGAGACCACAGGGAAUUCCCUCGGUGCGCGAGAAAUAGGGUGGUACUUUCUCCACCGAGGACGUGUUGAUUUGUCUCGAAUAAGAAGGCAUAAAAAAUAAGAGAGAGAGAGAAAGAAGCGACAUUACAAUUGAUAAUAUGUGAAAUGCUUCGCUCGAGGCUCUCGCGCGAGUGCUAACUUGAACUGUCGUCCCUGAGGCUUACUUCUUAUCAAGAUUUUUCUCCGACGAAUUCAACACCGCGCGCACAACGUAACAAUUCGUUUGCGCGCUCCGAUUCUGCGCUGAACGCCUUGGGUGAUAUAACGAGCGCUAAUUACGGUAAUGUAAUUACGACGCAGCACGCGCCGUCUCCCUCGAUCGCUUCGAAGCUCAUGGUCGAAGAUCGCGUGACAUUAAGUUUUCGCAAAGGUAAAUUGCCUUGCAACGGAGUCGAUAAAAUUCUUUUCCCCAUUGUGCUGGUCGAAAUUGUUCCUCUUCAAUUUCGCGGAAAGCGAAACUCCCGGAGUGAAAAGCCCACGAGAUACGAAGUACGCUAAAUUUUUGCUGAGGAACACAAUUUGCAACGCGUUUCUUUGGACCUUUCAUUUCGAAGAGGUCUCAAGGCUUUUGUCUUAUCGCGAGAAAUUUUAUUUCCGUUGAAUGCUCGUCCACUAAUCGUAAAGAGCGGAGACUAUUGUCGUAUGAUUUACCAUUGAAAAGGCACUUGUGUUCCCUUUCUGGCGCACAGCUCGACGUGGCAUGAAUACCAGUGGGAAUUCACAUUCGAUCGCAUACAGGAUGUUAUUCCAGAUGUGUCCACGAGGUAUAACGACGUUUCCAAUAUUCAGAGUGGAUAUAUAUUUCAAAAAGAAAGCUCGAGGACGCUGCGAGAUUCUCGAUUCGCAAUAAAAGCUGAAUAACCAGGAUAUACUCGGCCCUCCGUGAUAAUAUAAUUCCUUUAAUCACGACUCGUGGAUGGUGCCUUGAUCGAGAUGUUAACGGUGGUGUUUAGGAUAACAUAUAUCACGCGCUGGAAAAGGUGCUAAUUAUUUUUGCAAUCUAGUCGCGGAGACCCCUGAAUCAGCCUGUACAUCGCUCAUGUAAAAAAAGACGACUGAGUUACGACAGUAAUAGAAAUGACAUUGAAAGGAAAAUUGCUUUCAUCCCGGCUAAUUAUACGGAAGAUCGCUCAAACGUUGGACCGACGCGGGACGCCACGCCGGGACGUUAAUUAAUAGCCGACCGGCGCGUGCUGUCCAACUCUGACGUUCGAGGCUUGUACCGGGGAUCAAGGAAAAGCGCCGCAUAAGAGUUUCCUGAAAAUCCGCCAUAAAUAAUAAUUGUCGCAGACAUCUCGCGGCCGCGCGCUCAUUCAAGUCUACGUGGACCCCCGCAGACGGGUUUCCCGCGAAACGGCGCGCGGAUAUAAUUUGGCAAGUCGCGGGCGCUCUCCGUGCACCUGCCCGUUUCCGAGGAAGGGAGAGAUAAAACAUGCGAGACCCCGAGGAAUCGGCGAUUUUCCCGAGCGCGGGAAGGAAGUCGGUUUCGUGGUAAAACGUCGCGGCGCAGCGCGACGAUGACGUGCGACGCCUAGUUAUUUCGGAUGUAUAUCAGCGAGGAGGAUAGUGGGGACGACGGCGGCUGCCGUCUGAUCUCCGUACGUCAGUGCGGCGACGUCGACGAGGCGUGCGGGACGUCGUCCGAGAAGCGACGAGCCGACGACGGCGACGACGACGACGACGUGGAGCGUCGCGAGGGCGGCGACGGCGCGACCACGCUGGAGGUCGACAGGCGCGUCGUGCCAUCGGGCAUCCAAGGGAAGGUCGACCCUGCCUUCGAAUCGCCGGAGAAGCCGCGGGAGUUUCGCAAAAAUCAGUCCUGCAAGGGUCCCUCGCGAAUCGUCCACGACGCGCGCGCGUUCAAGGGUUCGCGAAGAAGCGCGAGUUUCAUCUUGAGUCGAGAGCUUGUCGGGGCGACGUCCGAGGUUGCGGGCGAGAUUGUCGGAAACACCGUGGAGGAGGAGGACGGCCACACGACGGUGGUGAAUCCGCAGUAUCGCGACACGUUGACGCGUUCCAUUCAAGCGUCCUCCAGCAACGAGAUAGUGCGAAGACGCGUACUGAGGAGAAGCGCCUCCGCGCCGGGGACCGGCGAGCAGAUCCCCGCGGACGAAUCCUCGAGGAACCAAAGCGACGAGACGGCGAAGGAUACCAAAGAGCACGCUCGCCUGGGGAAUUCAUCCUUGGAGCGAGGUGAAUCGCCACCGUCGAGUUGCGACGUCACCGACUGCGCUCAGGCGGUCAGAUAUCGUCCGAAGAUCGAAUUACGGUCCAGCAGGCCGCAGGAAUUCGCGACGAAAACGGAGCAGUUGAUCGCCAGGCGGACCGUCGCGCCGCAGGUCGGUCUCGCACGGCGCGCGAGAGCCUCGUCCUUCGUCAUCGAACGGAAAAGGCAUCGGCUCGGCUCGAGGGCGUCCUCGAGGUCCACCGAGGACCUGUCGCAGUGCGCGAUAACGAGCGACGCGAGUGCCGAUGGAAUGCGGAAUUGCGGCAGCACCGUGGCGGGCGUUCGCGAGGACGAGGGUUGCGUUCUGCUCGGGGUGCGAUCCCUCGAGGACGCGCCCCAGAUCGGCCUGGUGCCCCGGCAGGACGGCAGGUGCACCAGGAGAGACCGCGAGCGCGCGAGGAUUCUGAGACGCAGGAGAAUCAACGGCAGGUCGGCCUCGGUGCCCAGAUUGAAUAGACACUUGGACAAGGGAAGCGAUCUUGCCGAGGCGGCGAGCGCGAGCGGACUCCGCGAGCUCGCGAGAUCCCUGAAGCAGCAUCUGCGAGGAUUCGGCUCACGUCUGGAGGACAGGCGGGAGUACCUGGAGGACACGUCGAGAUGCUGUCUCCUGCAGGAUCGCGCCUACGAGUGGGCGCAGGAGGCUCGCCUGGCGAGCGAGAGGAGGUCCCAGCAAUUUCUGAUGGCGAGGCCGCCUCUACCGCCCGAACACUUCACCGAGAUGAUAGCCUUGGCGGAGAAGCUCGGUAACGAAGUCCUUCUGGAGCAAUGUCGCAUCGCCCGGAACAAGUGCGCGGAAGCCCUCGAGAUCGCCAGGACCACGUCCGCUCCUGGGAGCCCCGCGAGGAGAAGAUCUUUCGCCGCUUCCGAGUCGACCUCCUGGGACGACACCUUGGCCAAAAGAACGUCCUGGGACGAUAGCGACAGCAGCGCGUCUUACGCUUGCCCGAUGGAGAGCAUCGGGUCGGCCGGUAGCGGUGGUCGGCCGGUGCUGGACAACAUCGCCGAGCUUCGAGAGAGUGCCGAGCAGCUCCUGGACUGCUCGCCGCCGCGCACGCCUCCGCGAAGCCCGGCACCGCGAAGGCUGGUUAAGCCGCCGGUCAACUCGCACCUUCACAGAUCAGCCAGUAUCGCGCCAGGAAUGAAGGCGAAAAAAACAAUACUGCUCAUAAUGAGGGAGAUGAUACAGACUGAACGAGACUACGUCAAGUCCCUCGAGUAUAUAAUAGAGAACUAUAUUCCGGAACUCGUACGGGAGGACAUCCCGCAGGCUCUCAGAGGGCAGAGAAACGUGAUCUUCGGGAAUGUUGAGAAGAUAUACGAGUUUCACAGUCAACACUUUCUACGCGAACUAGAGCAGUGCGAGCAAUCGCCCAUGCUGGUGGGACAGUGCUUCCUCCGACACGAGAAGAAAUUUUAUCUUUACGCCUUGUACAAUAAGAAUAAACCAAAUUCGGACUCGCUGAUGGCGGAAUAUGGCACGAGCUUCUUCAAACAGAAACAAUUAGAGCUGGGAGAUAAAAUGGACUUGGCUAGUUAUUUGCUGAAGCCGGUCCAGCGAAUGGGGAAAUACGCUUUGUUGCUUCAGCAGCUGGUCAAAGCUGGUACAGAUUUAUCGGAACAAUUGUCCGGCAAAGAGGAGAAAGACGAGAAGGAAGAUGGCAUGAAACCGAUGGUCGAAGGUGAAGCGGAUUUGAGAGCCGCCGAGCAGAUGGUGCGAUUUCAGCUUCGACAUGGGAACGAUCUUUUGGCGAUGGAUUCGCUUCGCGAUUGUGACGUAAAUGUAAAAGAACAAGGCAGGCUGCUGCGGCAAAACGAAUUCUUAGUCUGGCAGGGAAAAGGCAAAAAAUGCCUACGUCAAGUCUUCCUGUUCGAAGAUCUUAUACUCUUCAGUAAAGCAAGAAGAUUCCCCGAUAGAAAGAACCUCGAUAUUUACAUCUACAAGCAUAGCAUUAAAACAACAGAUAUCGGCUUGACUGCCGUUAUCGCAGAUUCGCCUACAAAAUUUGAGAUCUGGUUCCGCAAAAGAAAACCAGGAGACACGUACACGUUGCAGUGCGCGAGUGAGGACAUUAAGAAAGCCUGGACCGAGGAACUUAGCAACCUCUUAUGGAAGCAGGCGCUUCGAAACAGAGAAGUGCGCCUGGCAGAGAUGUCGAGCAUGGGCAUUGGCAAUAAGCCGUGUUUGGAUAUAAGGCCUAGUGCAGAUCAGAUAAACGAUCGCUCCAUCAGUGUGGCUCAACUCUCUAAGACCCCCAGAUUUAGAAACUCUAUAGCGGUAUCAAUGACAGAGGACUCCAGUCGUUGCAGCAGAAGGCCGCACAGCGUAAUUUCCGUUAGCUCGUCUUCGAGCAGCGGUGGAAGCAGCGGUCCUCCUACGACGCUUAAUCUUGGAUUAGACACGAGUCCACGGCCGCAUCAUCGCAGUACUACACUGAACAGCCAGUGUAGCGUUGAAAGCGGUAUUAUCGCCGAUAUCUCAAUCGUGUCCGACGAUGGAGGUGACAGCACCGAAAGAAGUCACUGGAAUUCAACUCUGGAGAGUCCUACGUCGCCUCUGCCUACGACUUCCACCCCACUGCAGUCGCCAACCAGCGCGACAGCGGCAACGGUUACCCCUGCUUCCUCGACGGACACGAAUCUCACAUCUUACGACCAAGACAUGUCCAUUAAUCUAUGAACUUUCCUCGACACGGGAAACGUCGGGAAAAAGUAUCAUUGAUUCACUUGCAAGUUUGUGUUACGAUUACAGAGACGUAACAUAUUAUCGUGGCAUAUUUAGAUAGGUACAAUGAGGUAAUAUCGUUACACGCGUACUGUAGCACUAGAAUUCUUGAGCAACUAUAGUUUAAUGGGAAAAGUAUAAAGCCACAUGCAAUUCGGUAGAUCGCCGCAUUACGCUUAACACGUGUGCCCAGCUACGAAUUUGUAAUCGCAUUACAUAAACGUAGAUUUUUAUCUUAAAGUUGCGGAGGUGAAGUACCGAAUUUUAACUUUCAAGUGAAUCCGUCUGUGAAUCUAUCUUUUGAUACGCUUCGAAAUAUCCACAGAUUUAUGAGAUCGUAAAGCUGUUACUUGGGAAGCUCAGUGAUAACUGAAGUUUCUCAAGUAAUGGCAACGUGUAUUUUCUUAUUCCGUCUAUUAAUUUUACCAAUGUGCUCAAGACGACGCAAGAUAAACAUGUUCUAUCGAAUGUACGUUCACAUGUCGAGGUAUGCUACAGUACCAUAAACGAUAUGCACUUGUCGCCAUUCUCAUUUACAUUGGCAUUCCUGAUUACAGUGGCGGAAAAUUUCCUGAAAUUUCGAUGUCUUACGACAGAGCGAGCGAGCGAGAGAAGAGAGUUUUAUACAUUUAUUUAUAUUAAUAGUUGAUAAAUAGUAAUAUUUCAAUUCCACAUUGUGUUCGCGCUUAUUGUAUUAUAUUAAGGGAAAUAUAUGAUCAUCUUAAAGAUGUAAUUCAUACUUUAGUUGAAGAAAGUAUAUAUUUUCCUUAAUUAUCAUCCAUUAUAUCGAUACUAUCUCUCGACGAGAUAUAUCCAAUAAGUUGAUUAUAUAUUCAGGAAUGUCAAAUCACUGCGCACACAUACAUACCAAUUUGUAAUAUAAUGUAAUAUCAAAGAUUUAUACAAUGUAGCCACAAGUAAUAUAACCAAUAGUCUAUAUUAUUUCCAGAUUAUAUAUCAAAUAUAUAUAUAUAAAAUAUAUAUAUAAAAUAUUAUAUUCUUUUUAUGUCAGAGUCAUUUGUAAAACCUUUUAUCACACGUCGUAGAUGUAAAUCUAACUCUGGCCUGUACUCGAAAGCCAAAUUUCUGUUCUUUUUAUGAAAUACUAUUACGUUUAAGGAAUAAAUUUUUUUAUACAUGUGUGGAUAAAUGUUUUGGAAUAGCUUAGGAUCAAUUAGAGUGAUAAGCUUGCCUUAAGACAAUUCACACUACAUAUUCCAAUGUUCUGUUUUAUGAAUCAAUUAAUUCAACUAUGCAGAAUCAUUUAUAUUACCUAACGGUUAAUAAAAAAGCACUUCUUGUAGGCAUAAUAUGUUAUUAAAAAUUGUGGAACGUGCAAUCAAGCAAUUUUCAUAAAUAAUAUGUGAGAAACAGGAAAAAUUACAAUCAACUCUAAGAUUUUAAGUCAAUCAGCAGUCAUUUAACUCUUUUAAUUCAAGUACAUGUGAAUGAGAUAAUAACAGUUUACUAAUAUGUGAUUCUGCAUUGUUACAUUUAUUUCCAAAUAAGUCGAUUAAUUAGCCAUCUUUAUUGCCAAGGUCUGUCAAGGUAUUAUAAGUACCUUAUGGAUAGUGACCAAACUGUUUAUUUCAUAUCUUUUGUGUGAGGAAGUCGCAAGUAUUUAGAAAUGUAGGUGUAGAUCAUAGAGUAUUACAAAGAAUCUUGGCACAGUCCGAUGCACCCUAUUUUAUUACGAAUUACAUUUAAUCGCAAUUUACAAUAAUUUUCAAUCAAACGUAAUUACGUAUAUCUUCGUUUUAUCUCAAUUUAAAUUAUAUUAAUAUGCCAUAUACAUACAUCGGUGCACCUGGCUGAGCAUCCCGAGCUUCGAAAGUAAAACUAAGCGAACGAAAGUAAACAAUCUCUAUUUUCCACAAGUCUGUGAAUGCGUGUUUGGUGUUGCUUUUGAAUUAGGGAUGUUGGAGUAACAAUAAUAACAACAUAGUACCUUAUAAGAAAAUAUGCCGAUAGUCACUUAAUAUUACACGUUCUUAGAUAUUUAUUAAUAUUUUUUUAAGUAGAACAUUUUAGUCUCUAAAUUAAGUAUUCCCAUUAUAAAUGAAAUGUAUAUAUUACACUUAAUAACACACAAUUAUUUCAGUAUUGUACUGUGUCUAACACCGAUGUAUUUUAUUACACUUGCUAAAUAUACUGUAUUGGGUGCCUUUUGUAGA